UAUAUUAUAUGAGUCCUUUUAGCAAUCGAUUGAUAUUUGCCAAAAUUUGAUGUUUUUCUGCCAAUAUUCAAGGAUUUCUUAAAUGGAUAAGCGGCCUAAGCUUCGCCGCCUCAAAGGGGCUGCAUACCCAUUGGUAUACACCAAGGAACGACUCCUAAAUAUGUGGUUUACGUCGUUUGCAGCCUCCGUAUGCGCAGAUUGUUUCGUCUAUCCACUGGAUGUGACUAAGACACGUCUACAGAUUCAGGGGGAGCACAGCAACCCUCUAGCCAAAGUGGGUAAAUAUCGCGGUCUCUUCGGCACGGCAAUGGGAGUAAUUAGAGAGGAGGGUUUCCUGAAGCUCUACGGCGGAUUCUCGGCCGUUGUUGUGAGGCAUUUUUUCAUUGCGGGCGUAAAGCUGUGCUCCUAUGAUUACCUGCGCAUGAAAUUCUCCACCGUCAAUGCAGAAGGCAAACAUGAAUUGUCAUUUAUGCGUGGCAUGGUCGCAGGCCUAAUCAGCGGCGCUAUCUCCACGGUCGGCAGUAAUCCCCUCGACCUAAUAAAGCUCCAGAUGCAAAUGGAGAGCAGAAGACGUUUACUGGGCCUGCCACCGCGCGCCAUCAAUAUCAUUCAGUCGGCUAAGUUCAUUCACUCCACGGGUGGCAUUCGCAGCUUGUGGCGAGGCUUUACGCCAAACGUUAUACGCGUCAGUCUCUACUCUGCAGGGGGCAUUGCUUGCUAUGAUAUCAGCAAACAACAAAUGAUGAAACUACUGCAAAGUGAGGACAAUUUGCUCAUCCAGUUUCUGGGAUCGAUGAUUGCAGGCUUUGCUUGCUCUGCCCUUAGUUCACCGGCCGAUGUGGUUAAGUCGCGCAUGAUGAAUCAGCCGAUUGAUGAACAUGGCCGUGGACAACGCUACAAGAACAGUUUGAUCUGCUUUCAGCAACUAGUCAGAGAUGAAGGUGUAUUGGCCAUGUAUAAAGGGUUUGUACCCUAUUGGCUGCGUUGUGGACCUUGGUUUUUAGUCUUUUGGAUGAGUUUUGAGGCAUUACAACGUCUUCAAGGCGAAUCAUCGUUCUGA